GGUGCCAAGGCUUUAGCUUUUUCCUUGAUGGUCGAUACCUCUAUCCUCAUGUUAGACUUGAGUGACAACUGGCUGCAGGGAGAAGGGGUGGCUGCAAUUGCAGAGAUGCUGAAAGAAAACUGCUACGUUUCAGCUGUUGAUUUAUCUGACAACAAAUUAGGCAUUGAAGGAGCUAAGGCCUUUUCUGCUAUGCUUCUAGAAAAUACUACAGUUGUGUCCCUCCAGCUCUCAGGAAAUGAAUUUGAUGAUCAUGCAGCGAAGUAUUUAGCAGAUGCCAUCACAGCAAACAGCAAAGUGGAAAUUCUGGAUCUGAGUUACAACAUGUUUGGUGACAAAGCAGGUGAAAUUCUUGGAACAACAAUAGCAGAAAACACUGGAUUAAAGGAACUUAAAAUCAGCUGGAACCAUUUCCAUAGCCAAGGGGCAGCUGCCUUGGCCAAAGGCUUGGGGUUGUGCAUUUAUGUCACACCACGGGCAAACAUAUUCCUCAAAGUGCUGGAUGUUUCCUUCAAUGGCUUUGGCAACAAUGGAGCAGCUGCAUUGGGGGAGGCUCCUAAAGCCAACAAUGUGCUGGAAGAGCUCAACAUUAGCAACAACCGUAUUUCAGUGGAAGGAGCCCUGUGCAUUGCAGCUGGCCUGAAAGAAAAAAAGGCUCUGAAAAGGCUUAAUAUAACCAGAAAUCCCAUGCAGAGUGAAGGCUGCUGUCGGGUCCUCAAAGCUCUACAAGCAAAUUCUGGCACUGGCAUAGAGAUCCUGGACUUGCCAACCAUUCUUCUGAGCUUACUAUCCAUCCUGGCAUUGUCCUGA